AGCACCCUGCCUUCUGAUUUUCAGGUCGCCAACUCGGAUACGCCAAGGCUACCAACCUUAAAGGAACUCAUUGGUUAUCAAACAUACGAUUAUACGACAACACCUUCUUCAGUAUUCUUAAAUUUACUUCUUAAUCUUGAUAAAAAUGUGGAACUUGAUCUGCAAAAUGUUGAAAAUGAUGAAAUUAAAUCAAACGUCGAAACGAUCAAGACAAACCUUUACGAAUCGAUUGACGAUGCUGAUAAGAAUAAAUCCUUCAGUCACAAACUUACUGACAUAUUUAAGGAACACGAGACAGAGGACAAUGACAUCGAUGAUAAAUCUUUGAUAGAAAAACAUAGAAAAACUAGAAUCGAUCAUGGUGCUUCUUCAACGACGACAUUAAAACCAACAACAAUGCGGGGUACUCCGAUCAUAAUUUCAACACCCAAGACAAUAACUCGAGGCUUUUAUGUGACUAAAGGGGAUAUCGAAAUGACCACGAUAAUGAAUCCAACGAAAGAAAUAUUAAUGGAAAAUACUGAUUCUAAUGUAACGAAUAACGGGACGAUUCUAUCGAAGAAGAUUAACGAAGAAGAUAAUAAUAUUUUGACGACUGAUUUAUCUAAAGAUAAUUCGAUCACGAGUAGAACAACAUUUGCUGAUUCGAAUGAUCAAUAUUCAGAAUAUUCAAACGUUCUUACUAAAUUGGAACAAACAACGCCAUUAAUAAUGAUUGAAAAUAUUAAUCAGGAAGUAAAACAAAAUGAUCAAAAUUUGUUUGUUGUUAAAAAUGUUUUAUCUACACCGAGAAGAAGAAAAAUUGAAUACAAUGAUGUUACCACUCCAUUUUAUAAAUCUCGUACAAAUUUAAUAGCAGAUACAACGACUGAAUUGAAUAGAAAUACAGAAACCAAGAUAGUACCAAUGGAUUAUACUGUAUCAAACGAAUCUGGUAAUACUGAAUUUGAUAUAACAAUACCAGAGACAAUAACUCCAAUGAUAAACACUUUAAAUACACCUAUGAUUGCAAAUGACAAUGAUCGAGAAGAAAAUAUAAUUGAACUCGAAAAUGUUUCGAUAAAUUCAUCGACAAAAUUAACAAGUGAUCGAAGUGAAAUCGAUCCUGUUGUUUCUGACAAAAGUAUUGUAAUAUCUGAUCAUGGUUUAGAAACAACAACUACAAAAUUUGAUUUAACAACACCAUAUUCUGUAGGAACUUUUGAAACGACUACAGCAAGAGAAGAAAUAGAUGUUACGAAUUGGAAUAAUGUGGAAACAACAACAAUUAUUAAAGAAAAUGAAAAUGUUAUCACAGAUACAACAAUCCAAGAAAGAUUAACCAAUGUCGAAGAUAAAAUUGUUUCUAAAUCCGAUCGAAAUGUCCAACAAACAAAAAUCCUUUCCACGAGUACAAUUGUUCCUUCCUCAAUUUUAUUACCUUCACAAACUCCUACAACUAUUCCGAGUAAUCAAGAAAAGAAUAUUAAUCGUCGACGACAAAGACAAAGAAUAAUUGUUCUUAAUAAUCAAUAUGGUCAAAGAAAAAGACAGAAUUUAAAUCGUCGAGUAAUACAAGUCGAAGAUCAAUCAGACAACCCUAAACGUGUAUUAGUAUACCGUAAGAGACAACGUAGACCCAUUAACAAUAAUUCUUUCACCACAGUAGCAAGUAAUUCGGUAACCAUCAAUGAUGUUGGAUCCAAAAUGAUUGAUAAUAAAACUCGAAGAUCAAAAUUGGUUAUCAAGAGGCUGAAAAUCAACCGUAAGGAACACAAGGAAGAAGAAAAAGAAGAAGAGGAAGAAGAAAGUGUCCCAUUGGAGAAAACAAAUACCCUUCGGGAUUCUCUUAUGGUCACGGAGUAUACUGAAAGACCUGUGGACGAGGGGGGCACUGUUUCGGGAUCGUCUUCUAACCGGACGCCAGGAAGUAUUCUGGCAAACAGAAUAAGAAAACCAAAUCCAUCCUCGCUGUCGAGUAUAUUAUCAACGAACAAACGUCCUACGGUACUACUAGGGGAUAAUCGAAAGAGUCGACCUAGUGAGACCACCCUUUCACCGACGACAACAAUAGUCGAAUUAUUCGAUGAUGCAACCGUGAAGCCGGAACAAUUCGUUAUUAAGGAGGAAGAUGAAAGGGCUGAGAUAAGCGAUCAAAAUGGCCGAGCCCAAGAGCUCGCAGUUACACUGGCUGAUCCGCCUACUUUGCAGUCUUCAUCCAGCACCGGUCGAGUGCCGUUAAAGGAUACCUUAAGACGCAGGAUAAGCACGACGGUAGCACCGCGAACAGAUUUCCCAAGAACUAGUUCGACGUCCUUGAGAUUCAGCACAGUACCAAAGACACGACAGAAAACAACGAAGACGACUAUGACGACGACAACGACAACGACGACGACGAAUAAAAGGAAGGAAGGAACAACAAGAAGUUCGACAAUUAGACCAAGAAGGCCACAAAUUAUUGAUUAUGAUUAUUACGAGGACGAGGAUACACCGAUUAUUGAAAAAACAAUGUACAAUGGAAAAUUAUUUUUAACUAAUAGCGGCACUAUACGAUGUCUCGAUCAAGGAAACUUUCCUCAUCCGAUAUCAUGUAAAAAAUUUAUUACCUGCGCUAAAAUGGUUAACGGGUUAAUCAUCGGCGCGGAAUACACCUGUCCUCACAAAUUAUCCUUCGAUCCGGUCGGCGGUAUUUGUAAUUGGUCUGCAGGACUUGGUUGCAAGGAAUAAAACCGCGACUAGUUUCAAACGACCGUACGACACUUACUAAAUGAAUAGAAAAACUUCGAAACAACAUUACGUCGGUGGUACCCUCUAGGGGGCGCCAAUUUUCAAACAACCGAAGUUUAUUAUAAAACACGAUAAUUAACAUAAUAUCUGUUCUCCAAAUCGUUUAAUUAACACGAACGAACGAAUUUUUUUUUUUAUAAUUAUUACUUUAACACACACACCAUACACAACACAACAUAAGGGGUGUCCUGACAAUUUAUAAUUCGAUCCAGUCGCUGGAUUUAAUUGUAGAAAAUAAAGAGCGGAUAUUUUCAAAUGAUCAAACCAUUCACGAUACGUCAGCGCUCAUUUAACAAAAUGACGGUAAUUUUCAAACGAAACGAAAUUUACUUCGAAAUAAUAUGUUUUUUUCUCUCAAAAUCGUUUAACACGAACUAAAAAACGAAUCGUUUUUUUUUAAUAGUUAUAAUAUCGUGCGUUAUAUCCUACGUAGCCAUAGUUACAUAAGUGACGACGAAGAAUGGUGAUAUUACAAUUAUAGAAUCUCUCGCUCUUUUGUAAAUAUUAUAAUAUUUUAGUGUGUAAAUAUAGCGUGGGAUAUUAAAAGAUUUCUCGUAUAGGGUCGUGUUUAACGAUUAAAUAAUAACUUAUACGUGUACGUAGCGUUGUGCAAUCGCUAGCCAAUUAGGUCUACUCUACUAUCUCUGUAUAGAAAGAAAAGAAAAUAAAUAAAUAAAUAAAUGAUAAUAAUUAAUGAAUAAAUAUAUGCACAACUGAACCUUUGUAAUACUCGAAGCAGACAAUUAGGUAAUUGUGUCCGUGAAUAAUUAUGUAUUACAUGUGUAUUAUGUAAUCGUAAUAAUAAAAAAAAAUAAAUAAAUAAAUAAAUAUAUACAUUUAUAUAUUAUUUAUCAUAUUCUAUACACAUAACACAAUAACGGAAAAUUAAAACUACAAAAUAUAUAUGCGUACACAACAAAAUGCACAAAUCUCUGAUGUUUUUUUUUUUUCAAGAUUUUCUUUAUUUUUCUUACGCCCCCCCCCCCUUCAUAUAUAAUUAUUAUUUUUUUUGUUACUUAUUUAUAUUUUUAUCAUAUGAUUCAUUAUUAAAUCAAUUGAAUUAAUUCUCAAAGGAUGAAAUCGGCAAAACAAAAAAUAUAGUAAAA